UCAGUCUCUCGCUCUCGCACAGACAAUUUUGUCCUCUAGGGAGCCAGACCACACUUUUUUUUUGAACAUGCAGACCACACAUGAGACUCUCUCUCUCUUAAAGAAAAGACAGGCAAUUUGCACAGCCAUUUUCUCUCUCAUAUCAUCUUCGUCUCUCUCUCUCCACCUUCUCUCACACACAAAAACAAAGCUAUCUAGCUCAGGAGUUCGUGUGAAUUGCCAAGAAGAAGCACGAACUAGCUCUAAGCUGUCUCGUAGCUGCUUGGUAGGUACAACCUGCAUAUAUACAUACGUACCACAACAGAGGGAGCGGGAGAGAGAGGUAGUCAUGUGCGACUACUUCUUGCAGACGGUGGAGGGCGACCAGCAUGCUGGAGACCUCACCGACAUCGUCCGAGCUGGCGGCGCCAUGCCGUCUGGCGCCACCGGUCCCCAAUCGACGGCGACCGAGUGGCUGCAGCUCCCUACGGGCCCGAUCCUCUUCCCGCCGGCCCAGUCGUCCUCGGACGGCUCCGGACCCAGCGUUGCCGACGCCUUCGGGGAUCCGUUCUCCGGCCUCCAGGACCCCUUCAUCAGCGACUACCCCUCCUCUUCCGGCAGUGCUGCCGCCGACUUCUACGACGCCGUAAAGAACGCAAUGGAUAUCGGCAUGGCCAACAAGCAAGUCGGCUUCGUCGACGCGGCUGGCUGCGGCGCCGGCGGUGGAGCUGUUGGUGCUGAUGGAGGGAUGUUGGACAUGAGGAAUCACCCUAUGUUUGCGAGGGAGAUGCCCAUGUCUGGCGUGUCGCCGCGAGCAAUCGGGCCGUACGCGGUCAUGGGCGCUGGCGCGCCGAAGCUAGGCGUGCCGAUGGCGGCGCACAGGCAGGCGGCUCUGGCACCGUGCUCGUUCGACGCGGCUGCGGGGCUGCAGAUGACGUCGUCUCCGCGUUCCAACGGGAUCAAGCGCAGGAAGAACCAGGCAAAGAAGGUGGUGUGCAUCCCCGCACCUGCGGCAGCAGUACCCGGGAAGACCACUGGGGAGGUUGUUCCUUCUGAUCUCUGGGCUUGGAGGAAGUAUGGCCAGAAGCCUAUCAAAGGCUCCCCCUACCCAAGAGGGUACUACAGGUGCAGCAGCUCCAAGGGGUGCCCUGCACGGAAGCAAGUGGAGCGCUGCCGGACAGACCCCAACAUGCUGGUCAUCACCUACAACUCGGAGCACAACCACCCAUGGCCGACGCAGCGAAACGUGCUUGCCGGCUCCACGAGGUCCAACUACGCCAAGAAUAGCACCAACACAGCUUCAGCUUCGUCGAAGAACAGCAACUCCUCCUCGCGCAACCAGCACAAGCCAGUCGUCAAGGCAGAACGGAAGGACCAAUCUGCCGCGGCGGCCGCCGCCGCCGCGAGCACGACUACGAGCACCGGCAACAGCACACCUCCGUUGGCUGUGAAAGAAGAGGCGGAAAUGGACAGAAGCAUAGGCGACGAUACUUCAGUCACGGUCGAUCAUCACAGUGACCAUCUCCUGCAGCAGAUGUUCAGCCAGAGCUACAGGCCGAUGACGCCGGAGGCUGCCGGCAGCUACCACCACCACGAUGACUUCUUCGCCGACCUCACCGAGCUGGACUCGGACCCUGUCAGCCUGAUCUUCUCCACGGAGUACAUGGAGGCCAUGCCUGACAAGAGUGACAAGGAGAAGGCAGCAGCCAAGGACUUUGAUCCAUUAUUCAUGAUGGACUGAGCGCCUGCAAGUGUUGUUACAACUUCUGCAGGGAGCUCAUUUGAGAAAGUGGAGAGAGGUUUAUCAGAUAUGACAUUGAUUAGUUACCUUAAAACAUAUUACCUUCGUUCCAAAAUGUAGUAUGUUUUGGAAACCUAAUUUAGCAUCUCAAAACAUACUACAUUUUAGUACGUAACAAGCUUGCAUCGAUGCAUGUGCAAAUGCAAACAACAUGUUUGAUCUCUAGCUAGCUAGAUAUAGGCUUGAAAUAACCGUGAACAUGACAAAGAGCAAGAAAAGGGAACUGAGUGUUUCGCUCUCUUUCCUUCUCUUCAGUUACAUAUACUGUGUGCUCCUUCUUUCUAAUGUGAUUGAGACUUGAGAGGGGUUUUGUUCAA